AAGUGACUCAGUCGGUCUCGGUAGUGCCAGCGGGCAGGUGCUAUGUGUGCGGCGUAUUCCUUGUGAGCCGAGAUGACGAGGAAACUCAUUAAGUUCCUAAUUCUGUUCGACAACACCAACCUCCUCUACUUUCCUGGACAGUUCCUCACAGGCCGGGUCCUCGUGGAGCUGAAGGAUGACACUCCGGCACUGGGGCUCCAUUUCCACGUUGUGGGGGAGGGUGUGGUGCGGCUACACAGUCAGAGACAGGAGAGGAUAUACGACCGGGAGAAUUACAUCGACUUCAGGAUGAGACUCCUGGGAGAGCCUGGGCAAGGUCCUGUCCUGUUAUCCCCGGGGAUUCAUAGUUUCCCAUUUAAACUGGGACUGCCAUUGGGAUUACCGUCCACCUUUCUUGGCAAACACGGAUGGGUCCAGUACUUCUGUAAGGCAGCUCUCAGGGAGCCCAACGGUCUUACUCACAAGAACCAGCAGGUCUUCAUAGUCAUGAACCCCAUAGAUCUCAACCUGGAGCCCAGCAUUCUAGCGCAACCGUUCCGGUGCGAGAUAGAGCACAAGCUGGGCGUGAGUUGUGUAAACUCUGGACCUGUGGUCUGUCGCGUGUCGCUGGAUCGGGGAGGCUAUGUCCCCGGCGAGACCAUCGGCAUCUCUGCAACCGUCGAGAACCACAGUAAAGUUACCAUUAAAUUCACCAAGGCUUCACUGACAGAGACAAUCCAGUACAAGGCAAGAGGUAAACUGCUGCAGUCAGAGACACGAGAGCUAGCGUCACUCUCAAGAGGAAAGAUACGACCAGGGGAGAGUGACGAGUGGAGCAACGAACAGCUCUAUGUCCCUCCCCUCCCUCCUACCAAUCUCCGUGGCUGCCAUCUCAUUAAAAUACAGUACGAUGUCUAUUUCAUCAUCGACCCGAAGAGUUUCGAGAAGGAGGUGAAGCUGCAGUUGCCGAUCAUGAUGGCCACUUAUCCUCUGAGGGGAUCAGAGGGAACGUUGCGGAGGAAACAAGGAACCCACUAUCCCUCCACACUACCCAUCUUUCGCCCCUGGCUCGACGAGAAAACCUUCCAGUGAUUAUGACUACAAAAUUAUGUUUUGUAGUUAGAUAACACUUAAUUAAUUUUCAACCAUUUGGUUGCAUCAGAGACUUAUAUUGAAUUAGAUAUGUAAUUCUUCAAUUUAAAAUUAAACUAUAUUAUUUAGUAUGAUCAAAUAUACAGCUAACUUACUAUAAUCAGGUGAUUAUCAGUUCAAUUACCUACAGGAAUAUCAUAGUUUCAAGCCUUGUCAAAAGCACAUUGUGUAUGUUAUACUUACAAAGCAAAAUAAUUCGAUAACAAGCCUACUUUAGUGAAGUUUUCUCUAAAACAUGACCAAGAAAAUAUUAAUAAGUAUGCUGCUUCAUAUACAUUAAAUACAUUUUUCACAACCCUAAUAAAGAAAAGAAUUUUUUUAUCCUGUACAGCUGACAAAAGUAGAAGUGUGAAAAAAUUAAUAGCAUAUACUAAUUUUGCUUAGUAUGUUCCAUAGGCUUAGCUAUUUUAUACAUUGUUAUUACAGUACUACUUUUAUUGUAAUGUUUAUUUAUUUUGUACAUACCAUUAUCAGUGGCAUAACCAGGAUUUUCAAGGGGAGUUUACCAGGAACAUUCCUAGCAUAAUAUCAUGAUUGUUGUCUCAAAUCAAGAAUAAAUAGCUAGUUGGCAAUUGUUACAUUGAUAUAGAGUGAAUUGAUUAUUUGUAAUUUCUUGUCUCUACGUUAUUAUUCUGAGAUCCUCAUAAUGACAAUUCAUGGAGGCCAUGUAACCUUUAUAAACCCUUUUGGUUAUGCCACUGAGCAUUAAAGUAUACUUUACUGCUACUAACCUCUAUUUAUGAAGGCAACAUGCACCUUUUCUCAGUUGUUUUAAUAGUAAAUCAGAAGAGUAAUUAAAAAACAUGAAAAAGCUUAUUUCUAAUAAUGAGCGAAGCUAUUUCUUUUGUUGAAUAACUGAAUAGGUCAAGCAUAUGUCCAGUUACGGAUCACAAAAUGGUGCAGAAGAUAAGGUCAUUUGAAAACCUUGUUACUACUUCAAAUAAAAAGCUUUGGGAAGUAUAUUAUUCUCUUCAGUGUAUAAUUUAUUUCAUAUGUUUAUUUUUCAAUGAACAAAUAGUAAUCUUACUAACCUAUUUUUUUCUUAAUUCAAAAUUGUUUUAUUUACUUAACUUUUUAUUACAAGUUGCUGAUAGCAAGAAAAACCCGAUUGUUCCAUAGCAUAUUGGUGCCAUGCUUGUCAAUACUGAGGUUUGGCUGCAUCUUCCUAUUUAAUUUUUUUUGUUUUAUUUCACAAAAUGAAACAGGACUAAUUACUACUGUACUCUUUAAUGUUAACUCAGCCACAUCAUGUCUAAUAUCUUCUAGGCUGUUAACUUGUUCAAAAUCUAAUAAGGCUUUGAAUGACUUUCCCUAGGAGCAAUUAGAUCAAUCAUAAUAAUAUUAUUUUUAGUUAUCUAUAAUUAUAAAGUUUAAUUUUAAAAUAUACAGACAUAUUCAAUAAGUAUAAGCAUAUAUUAGUUGUCACGUAAUAAAUACCAUAAUACAUAUAACUGUUAAAAUAUUAAGCAGAUGAAAUAAAUUUAUUUUUCAAGAUUU